UUUCCAUGAAAAAUGGUAGAUCCAAUAUGGUUUUGCCAUUUUGAACUUUUAAAAUCUGAUCUCAGAUUCGUAAGCUGUAGUUUUAUUUUGAAAAUUAAACUCCACUUUUAGACCAAUGUUUGAUGGUAGCAAUAUUUUUACAUACAUUGUAAAACAGAUUGAUUGUUUUCUUCAGACCCAGAUGCAUCAAACGAAUUGGAAGCUCAGCAGCCAGUGUUUGUUUACACUACGUUGGAAGCAGCGCCAGUCCAAAGUAAUUACAAAAUUAAAUAUACCAUACAUCUAUACCAGAUUUCGUAAUUUAAUUUUUUCUCUAGAAUCCUUUUCAGAGCAAGGCUCAAUUAAUUUAAUAUUAUCCGAAGUUAAAUCCAUAAGAAGAGUUAUUACCCAUUUAUCUGAAGAGGUUGUGUCUUUAAGAAAUGAGGUUCGUCAAAUGAAGAACACCCAGCCCGGCACUUCAGAAUCUUCGCAUCUUCCUGUUAUGCCUUUUAAUGAGAAAGACGCCUUUGACAAUUUUAUGAAAGAACUAGUGGAUAAGGAACCGAUCUUAAAUGAAUUUGCUAUAUUAACGUACAACUUGGCACAAAAAUUCUCAUGGAAGGGUACAAAGGAGAAACCGGCGCUCACUGCUAAUUUCGCGGUGACAGUCAUAAAAGGAAUAUGUUACAAAAAAUUCCCAAACUCUGACGACUUUUACAUACAGUAUUAUCCAGAAGCAUCUGAUUCAUGCCAAGAACAGGAUUGAAAA